AUGGCAAGAUAUUUUGGUCAGACUUCGCCAAAUGAGUUGAAAGAGCUUGAACGCAAUGCAAAUAGAGCAACUUCAGAGCAGUUGGCCAAGGCUGCCUCCUACCUCGAAUAUGCAUUCUCUGGUCAGUUUUACUCCUGGUUUGGAGGCUGGGCGCUCAGGCUUCGAGGGUCCCGUCGGGAAACCAGGGAUCUGGAUUUGCUGGUUUUGGCGCGUGAUGUUCGCGACAUCCGGGUAACCCUUGCCCCUUAUGACUGGGCCAUAUUGUCAUAUUAUGAGAUGACAGGCAGUAUCCAGGAAAGAAUGUUUGUGGACAUUGGCCAAGAUGGACAACUUGUUGGUGUUGAUAUUGUACUCUCAGGCCGGCUUGACACACCAGUUUUGAAUGAGGAAGAGUCAUCUGAACUGAUCACGCCCAGCUUCUCGACUCCCCAAGGUGAACAAGUGCCUGUUAUUUGCCUACCCUGGCAAGUUGAAGGAAAGCUUAAAACUUGGAUGGCAAGGAAAAAGGAAUCAGACUUCCAAGAUCUUGCAUUUCUACUUCAGAAAUACGAAAGUAGUAUCAAGGGUUGGAGUGAGUAUCUCCCACAACAGGGGCGACGAGAGUUUUAUGAUGUGUAUAAAGUAUUUAUGGAUGACAAAUCCAAACAAAAGGUCAUGAAGAGAACCCUGGGCCUUUGA